AUGGCCGAAGCAGAAGAAGGAGACGUUAGCGUGGAAGUAAAGGUAGAGGAGGAUGAGGAGGAGGAGGAAGAAGAAGAAGAGCCUGGCUACAUCCAAUCUGGGCGGCGGUACAGGUGCCUGACCUGUAGCAAGACUUUCCCCAGCGUGCCACGGGUGUUGCGUCAUUUAAAGUCCCACGCGACUGGUACUGUGGAUGGCGUAGCUGCCAAACUCGCAUGUCCUAAUUGCAGGAAAGAGUUUCCUGACCGGGCUCAACUUCGCAAGCACCAGCUCAGCCACCAAACGGAGCGCCCGUACCAAUGCCAGCUUUGUGCCAAGGCUUACAAAACUGCCCCCGAGCUGCGGAACCACGGGCGUAGCCACAGUGGCGAGAAGCCCUUUGUUUGCCACGAGUGCGGCAAAGCGUUCAUGCAGCCUGUUUGCCUGCGAGUCCACAUGGCCCGGCACACUGGAGACCUGCCCUUCCGCUGCCAGCAGUGCCACAAGGGGUACGGCACUCUUUCCAAGCUGAAGAUCCACCAGCGUUCUCAUACGGGCGAGAAGCCGUACUCCUGCGGUGAAUGCAGCAAGCGCUUCGCCGACCCCUCGGUGUUCCGGAAGCACCGCCGGACCCACGCUGGCCUCCGCCCCUACCAGUGUGAGGUGUGCCACAAGACAUACGCUGAGCUGAAGGAUCUCAAGAAUCAUGAACGCUCCCACACUGGUGAACGCCCCUUCUUGUGCCAGGAUUGUGGGAAGGCCUUUUCCCGGUCCUCAUCGCUGGCCUGCCACCAGCGCAUCCAUGCGGCCCACAAGCCCUACCGCUGCAACCUUUGCGGGAAAGGCUUCACCCAGCUGUCCUCCUUCCAGAGCCACCAGCGGACCCACUCUGGCGAGAAGCCUUUUCUCUGCCCACAGUGCGGACGGAUGUUCAGCGACCCCUCCAGCUUUCGCAGGCAUCAGCGAGCCCACCAGGGCCUCAAGCCCUACGCCUGCGACAAGUGUGGGAAGGCCUUCCGCCAACCGGCCGACCUGGCCAUGCACCAGCGCAUCCACACAGGUGAGAGGCCCCACAAGUGUUCGCAGUGCGACAAGAGCUUUGUGGCUUCGUGGGACCUCAAGCGCCACCUGCUGGUGCACUCCGGCCAGCGCCCUCACCAGUGCGGGGAGUGCGGCAAGAGCUUUGCUGAGCGGGCCAGCCUCACCAAACACUACCGUGUGCACUCGGGCGAGCGGCCGUUCAAGUGCGGCCGCUGCGGCAAGGCCUUUGUGGUGUCGUCCAGCCUCCGGAAGCACGAACGCACCCACGGCAACGAGAAUAGUGAUGACAAGACCACCCCUGUGGGCAACCAGGACCCAUUUCUCAGUGACCCAUCGGCCAUUGUUGUUGCCACCGUGGUGCCCGCCUGUGGGGAGUGUGGGGAGGUCUUUGCCUCCACCCAGGAACUACGCCGCCACGAACGCCUGCUGCACCCUGGCCUGCGCCCGUUUCCAUGCCCAGAAUGCGGCAAAGGCUUCUCGGACCGGGCCGGCCUGCGCAAGCACGAGCGGAUCCACUCGGGGGUCCGUCCCCACGCCUGUCCCCACUGCUCUAAAGCCUUCCUGGGAGCCUCGGACCUGCGCAAGCACCUCAAGACCCAUGCAGCCCUAGAGAACAGGAGCGCCGAGGACACCAUGGUGACUGCCACCAUCAUGACCUACGAAUCCCUCCUCCCUGCUCAUCUCCAUCCCCAUGACGACGGGACAGAGACUGACAAGGACUCUCCCUCGGAUUGUCUGCCUGACCCCCUCACAGAACCCUCGUAA